GAUUCCUCUGAAAGCAGAAUGGUGGUUACAUUCCUCAUGUCAGCACUUGAGUCAAUGUGUAAAGAACUUGCCAAGUCCAAGGCAGAAGUUGCCUGUAUUGCUGUAUAUGAAACAGAUGUGUUUGUAGUUGGAACUGAGAGAGGAAGAGCCUUUGUCAAUUCUAGGAAAGAUUUUCAGACGGAUUUUGUUAAAUACUGUGUUACAGAAGAGGAGAGGGCUUCAGAACUGCAGAAAAUAAAGAAUAUACCACCUAUAAAUAGACUGACAGUGGAUAUUGUGGAACUGGAAGCUCUCAGGAAGUCUGUGGAGGACUUUUUCUGCUUUUGCUAUGGUAAAGCUUUAGGAAAGUCAACGGUGGUACCUGUGCCAUAUGAGAAGAUUCAGAGGGACCAGUCUGCUGUGGUAGUGCAGGGCCUGCCCGAAGGACUUGCAUUUAAACAUCCAGCAAAUUAUGAUGUUUCAACCCUCAAAUGGAUUUUGGAAAACAAGUCAGGAAUCUCAUUUAUCAUUAAAAGGCCUUUCCUAGAGCCAAAGAAACACCUAGGAGCUCCUAUGGCAGAUCCUUCACAAUCAAUUAUACCUCCAGGUGGAAGUUGUACUCCUGUUAAAGUGAAAACGGAACCAAACGAGGAUUCUGGAAUUUCUCUGGAAAUGUCAACGGUAACAGUGAAGGAGGAAUCAGAUGAUCCUGAUUACUAUCAAUAUAAUAUUCCAGGUCCUUCUGAAACAUCAGAGAUGGAUGAAAAAAUUGCUCUUGCAAAAAGUUAUACAGAUUCCUCCCAGCAUGUCCCUUCAGAAACAAGUGAGGAUCCUGAGGUCGAGGUCACCAUUGAAGAUGAUGAUGACUACUUGCCCCCUAACAAGAGACCGAAGAACACUGAGUCACCUAAUGAAGCUGCCAAUACUGGGAGAAGAAAAGUGAGAGAGUUCAAUUUUGAGAAAUGGAACGCGCGAAUUACAGAGUUGAGAAAGCAAGUUGAAGAGCUGUUUGAGAAAAAAUACGCACAAGCCAUAAAAGCAAAAGGUCCAGUGUCUAUUCCAUACCCACUCUUCCAGUCACACGUGGAAGACUUGUACGUGGAAGGGCUGCCAGAAGGAAUUCCCUUCAGGCGGCCAUCCACCUACGGCAUUCCCCGUCUUGAGAGGAUACUUCUAGCAAAGGAGCGGAUCCGAUUUGUGAUUAAAAAGCAUGAGCUUUUGAAUUCAACACAAGAAGAUGUGCCAUUGGACAAACCAGUUGCAGGAGUGAAAGAGGAGUGGUAUGCCAGAAUCACCAAACUGAGGAAGAUGGUAGAUCAACUCUUCUGUAAAAAGUUUGCUGAGGCCUUGGGGAGCACUGAGCCUAAAGCUGUUCCAUACCAGAAAUUCGAGGCCCAUCCUACUGACCUCUAUGUCGAAGGACUGCCAGAGAACAUCCCCUUUAGGAGUCCCUCUUGGUAUGGAAUCCCUCGCCUAGAAAAAAUAAUUCAAGUGGGCAACAGAAUAAAAUUUGUGAUCAAAAGGCCAGAGCUUCUAACUGUCACUUCAGCUGAAGUUAUUCAAGCCAGGUCGAACACCCCAGUGAAAGAAGAUUGGAACAUCAGGAUCACAAAGCUAAGAAAGCAAGUAGAAGAGAUAUUUAAUACGAAGUUUGCCCAAGCUCUGGGGCUUUCAGAGGCAGUGAAAGUUCCCUAUCCUGUAUUUGAAUCAAACCCUGAGUACUUGUACGUCGAAGGCUUGCCAGAAGGAAUCCCCUUCCGGAGUCCCACAUGGUUUGGAAUUCCACGCCUUGAAAGAAUUGUCCGUGGGAGUGGCAAAAUCAAAUUUGUUGUUAAAAAGCCUGAGCUCAUCAGCUCCUAUUUACCUCCAGGACUGGCUAGUAAAAUAAACACUAAAGCAAUGAGUCCAAAGAGUUCAAAGAGAUCACAAAGUCCUGCAGGACUCAACUCAACCAUUCCAGAGAUUGAAGUUACUGUUGAUGAAGGUCCUAAUAAACCACAAACAACCGAUGUUCGAACCAGUUCUCAAACCAAUGGGUCCAAUAUGACUUCAAAGCCACGAGGAAGAGAGUUUUCUUUCGAGGCGUGGAAUGCCAAAAUUACUGACUUAAAGCAGAAAGUUGAAAAUCUUUUUAAUGAAAAAUGUGGGGAAGCUUUGGGGCUGACUGAACCAGUGAAGGUGCCAUUUGCAUUGUUUGAAUCCUUCCCGGAGGUUUUCUAUGUAGAAGGACUACCUGAGGGGGUGCCAUUCCGCCGACCUUCUACUUUUGGAAUUCCAAGGCUAGAGAAGAUACUGAGAAACAAAUCUAAGAUAAAAUUCAUUAUUAAAAAGCCUGAGAUGUUUGAGGCAGCUGUUAAGGAAAGUUCUGCUAGAAGCCCCCAAAGAAAAAUUAAUUCAGCUAAUACAGCCAAUUCAGCAAGCACCACAACAAACACAGUGGUGAACACAGCUGCAGGUGUUGAAGAUCUUAACAUCAUUCAAGUAACUAUACCAGAUGAUGAAAGUGAGCGACUGUCAAAAGUGGAAAAGGCCAGACAAUUGAGAGAGCAAGUCAAUGAUCUUUUUAGCCGGAAAUUUGGUGAAGCCAUUGGUAUGAAUUUUCCAGUGAAAGUCCCAUACAGAAAAAUCACCAUCAACCCUGGCUGUGUGGUGGUAGAUGGGAUGCCUCCUGGUGUAGCAUUUAAAGCUCCCAGUUACCUGGAAAUCAGCUCCAUGAGGAAGAUUUUGGAAUCAGCAGAGUUUAUCAAAUUUACUGUUAUUCGACCAUUUCCAGGACUUGUGAUUAACAAUCAGCCAGCUGACCCAAACCAAAUGGAAGUAUCUGUAGGAGAUAUUACAGAAACAGAAGAAAAUUCUCAAAUAAAGCAAGAGCCAGACCCAACGUGGUAG